GUUCAAAUACCUCCCAACAAAUACCAUAUGGCGACCUACUAAUCGUUUUUACUCACUCAAAGUGGAAAUAACUCAUAAGAAUGCAUUUGUCUGGUUUUUUAUUGUAACAUGGCUUUACGUAGAUUUAUAUAAGAUAAUUGACUUACAAUUGUCAAAAUCUUAAUUCAAAUAUUUAUUCAUCUGUUUGACCAAGUUAUUCAAAAUCUCUCACACAAUAUACUACUAUUUCUAACAGUUAAGCAGAUAUCGAGAGUGAAAGGCUGAAAAUAGCUUACCUAACAUUUCCGGAAUGGAUUUCAAGAAUCUCAAUAUCCUUAUUUUGGCGGACACUUUGUCUGUUUCAUGGUGAUGGAAAAAUAGCCCUGAAACUUCCUUAGGUCGAUGAAAAUUUCCAAAACUGCCAACUGUCGUUGGGAUCUGGGUAAAACCCCAAAAUUCUACCAAAAUCGGGAGAUUGGGAUACUGAUGUCUUUGUGACAAGCUUAUAUAUGGAUAAACCAUAUGACGAAACAGUUGAUGUGCCAGAUUCAGAAGAUAUAGCAACACCACGACUGCAACAGUCUCUUGCUGAAAAUUUUGAUAGGUUUCGAGUUGAUCAUUUAGAUUCUCAUAGAGAUAACAGUAAAUCAUUAAGAAAAAUAAAGAAUGAAUUACUAAAUAAAUCAAUUAAAACUGCACCAAAAUCAAUCAUUGAACAGAAGUCUAACAAUGAAAAACUAAAUAGUCAAGAUAGUUCCGGCGAUGACGAUGAUGAGGAUGAGGAUGAUGAUGAUGAUGACGAUGAUGAUGAAGACGAUGAAGAUGACGAUGAUGAAAAUUCUAAUAUCCCUGAUGUCAUUGAAGGUGUCUACAAUCCGGCCGAUUAUGAACAUUUGACUGUAUCGUCUGAAAUUAAGGAAAUUUUUGAAUAUAUUCAAAGAUAUACACCUCAAACAAUCGAAUUAGAAACAAAGUUGAAACCAUUUAUUCCUGAUUAUAUACCAGCUGUUGGAGAUAUUGAUGCAUUUUUAAAAGUGCCCAGACCAGAUGGUAAACCAGAUUAUUUAGGUUUAUUGGUCUUGGAUGAGCCAUGUGCUAAUCAGUCAGAUCCCACAGUACUUAAUUUACAAUUGAGAGCUUUGUCAAAGCAAACUGCAACAAAACAAGUAAUAGUUAAAAGUAUUGAAAACGCUGAACAACAAACAAAAGUCAUAGAAAAUUGGAUUAAAAGUAUAACAGAGUUGUAUAGAGCCAAACCUGCACCAACUGUACACUAUACAAGAAACAUGCCAGAAAUAUCUGAACUUAUGGCUGUAUGGCCAACAUCUUUUGAAGAAACCAUAAAUAAUAUGCAGUUAUCACUAUCUGAGUUGGAUUGUAGUUUAAAAGAUUAUGUAGAUAUAAUCUGUGCACUUCUAGACAUUCCAGUUUACAACAAUCGAAUACAUUCAUUACACUUAUUAUUUUCUUUAUAUUUGGAAUUUAAAAAUUCUCAACAUUUCCGUCAAAAUGAAUCCGUUAUUACUUGAUGUAAUUACGAAAUAGCAAUGGUUAUUGCAGUUCAAUAUCUUUGUACCUGUGAAUAUAUGAAUAUAAUUUUUACGAAUUG